AUGGCCACAGUUUUCGCCGAGAACCUUGCAGCCCGGAUCAGAACGCAACUUGGCGGCUUCACUGUCUCUCCUGGGGCUGGUCACAGAACCCCUUCUUCCAAAGGUUCAUCAGAAGGAAAAAAGGAAGAAUCGAAUGGCACCAGCCCGACACGGAUUGGUAGACCAAAACUAGCCCGGGAAGGCGAGAUAGAUGAUAUUAGUGAUAAAGACGAAGACGAGGACAAACGUGAAGAGAAAGCAUUCAAACAGCCUAGCCAGGAGUCCUCUCAGAAACACAAGGAGUUGAAGUUCGCCUGCCAUUACCACAAGCGUUAUCAGCUGCCUUGUUCUGGACCACCCGGAUGGCCUAAUAUCCAAAGACUCAAAGCACAUCUCUACCGGUCCCAUCGAAUAUCACACAGCUGCGAUCGCUGCUGUCAAUCUUUCACUUCUGCCGAUGAUCUCCAUGCGCAUAUGGUCGCUCGUGAACCAUGUCGCUUCAGGACAAGAGACCACUGCGAGGGCUUCACGCAGGCGACAAAAGAAAGGCUCGAACCUGUCGGGCGCCACCAGGGUAGCACUGGGGAGACAGACCAAGCUAGCCAGUGGUGGGAGAUAUAUGGCAUUCUCUUCCCUGACGUGCCCCGGGAAAAUUACCCGUCCCCAUAUUACGAAGAAGACGAUGACUACCAAACGGCAGAUGCUGGAACUCUACCCAUAGUAUCGUCAUCACAUGAGUGCGCGCAUAUUCUUCAGCUUGCCAGCGAUGACUCUGACAACGAGCAUGACAUAAAUCAAACUUAUCAAGAUGUCCAUGGGAAUGAAGAGAGGCAGAAUGAUGCGGAAGAAAUGAGCGACCCUCAACGCGCUACUGUUGACAGAGUGAUGAGAUUCUUCUCCAACUGGUUCAACAGGGAGAUCGGCGUCACGACCUCAAACGAGGGACCUGGGCCUGCCAACACAGAGGGCAGCUGUAUCAACCAGUCAGCGCAGCAGACGGGUACAGGGGUGGGCAAUUCGGGGAGUGGAGGAAUUGGCCGUCGCAACGCUCGCAGACCAGCAAAACGAGGCUGGGACGACGACGGAGACAAAGACGAACACGACGCCCAGGAUAAGCGACCAAAGGUAGAGGGACCUCUGGCCAAGAAGCUGGCUUGCCCUUUUUACAAGCACAGUCCACGACGAUAUAAGAGGCAACGGUCGGAGAAGCGCUCCUCGUGCUGCGGGCCAGGGUGGGACUCCAUGCACCGGCUCAAAGAGCAUCUUUAUCGGCGUCACGGGCUCAAAAAUGUUUGCAUCCGUUGUUUUGAGCGGUUCAAUGACCAGGACGAACUGGAUGCGCACACCAGAGCCGCGAUAUGGUGCGAGCCGCACAACGGUGUUCUGCUCGACACCAUCACACCAUCCCAAGAGAAGAAACUCAAGUCUCGCAAAAAGGACUCCGAGGCCGUCAGCGAAUCGCAAAAGUGGGUGAAGACAUACAGGGAAAUUCUGUUUCCCGACUUGCCCCAUGACGAGACCCCAAGCCCAUUCUACGAGGACGAAGAUGUGGUAAAGGAAAAGGAAGACCAGAUGGAGGAUUACAAAGCCUACCUCCGCCGCGACCUGCCACCCCUGGUCAGGAACUGGCUCGAACAGGAGGUCCAACGGCGCCUUGACCCUAAUGAAGACGAGUUGAAGCUGCGCGUCAUUCAAAUCGCCCGGGAACUCCAGCUGGCGCUUCUAGACAGCUAUUUGAAGUCGGAAGGGCCAAAAGCGUCCCGGGCAGCGCCUGCCUCGCCUGAAACGGCUCCGUCUCUUGCACCAGUACCAGGCUUGCCUGAGCCCGUCCCCAAUUCCGUGGCUGCCGCCUACCAGGAAGACCUGGUCGUCAAUGGGUCCCAUGGACUUUUGGAUACUACUGGAUCUGCCAAUCUAGCCACCACGAGGAGCGAAUGUGGCACGUGCCCGGAGGAGGAUGGGGAUCUGUCUGCGCUCGAUGUUGGCGACUUCGAAUUCGACUUAUUUGGCGGUGGAAACCUACCAGAUCCAUUGUUGAACUUGGAUCCGGGCUAUGUUUACAUGUUUGGGGAACUCGAAUCGGCGAGAACCAAUGUUUCUGAACCGUGGAGCUCCGAUUUGCCACAAAUUUCGGGCUGA